AUCCCGGGUCUGUUGUGAUUUUGCUCAUUGUGAUUAUGGACUGAGGUACCCAUUUAGUCCUAAUAAGACCAGAGAUAACACAUUGUGAGAGAGAUGAAAAAUGACAUGUAACACUAACUGUGUGUGUUUUCCUCCAAGGGGCUUUUUUCGAUUUCUGCUGCAUAAGAGAAGCUCGGGGGAAAGUGAGAGUCAGGAGGGCUCUUUCGGGAGAAGGCGGCCACUUUGACAUAGGGAUAUGUAUAGGCCUCUCAAUGCCACACGCAAGGAAAAUAUGGCACACAAGCUACACGACAGGGAGUCUUCUGAGGAGGAUAUUUCUCCAUCCCAGCAGAAGGCCCAAACUCGUAAUCCUGAGCUCACUGAGGAGGCUGAAUCUUUUCCCCAGGAGGGCCCUGCUCAGCAUCCACAGACCCCUGAGGAGGUUGAAUCUUUUUCACCCCAGGCAGAGGCCCAGACUCAGCAUCCAGAGCCCACUGAAGAGGUAGAACCACCUCCACUUCAGCAGGAGGCUCCAUCUCAGCCUUCAGAGGCCCCUGAGGAACUAGAAACUCCAAGUCCUCAAGAGGCCCUCACCCGGCCUUUGGAGACACUUAAGGAGCUUGUAGUUCGAUCAGUAGCACAUCAUGGGGUAAAUGAAGCUCAGCAGUCAAACUUGUACAAUUUCACUAUUAAACCUAUGGAUCUGGCACUUACCAUAACUCCACAGGGAGGUGAACCUUCUCUACUCCAUCAAGACGCCCCAACUCAGGCUCCAGGUCUCCCUACUGAGUAUGUACAUGAAAUUCCAGUGAGUGAAGAGGUAGCAUCUCUACCUGGCGUUCAGCGUCACGCUCAUUCCAACUUGCCCAGUGUUACACUUCAACCUCUGGAUUUGGAAUUAACCAUCACUCCAGAGCCCACUACGGAAGCUGAAUUUCCUACAGCUCAGCAGGAGGCCCUGACUCCACCUCUUGAGCAUCCUGAGGGGACAGAAUCUUCUCCAACCCAACAAGAGACCUCAGCUAAGCCUCCAGAGCCUCCUGGAGAGGUUGAGCCUUCAAGGGAGCAGGAGCAACCAGCUCAGCGUUCUGAGCCUUCUGGGGAAGUUGAACCUUCUCCAACCCAGCAGGAGCCCACAGCUCAGCCCCCAGGGCCUCUUGUGGAAGCUGAGCCUUCUGCAAGUGAACAGGAUCAACCGACUCAGCCUUCUGAGCCUACAGAGCCUCCUGAGGAGGUGAAAACAGCAACCCAGCAGGACAUUCCAGCACAGCUUUCAGAGUCUUUUGGAGAACCUGAAACCUCUGCAACCAAGGAGGAAGCCUCAGCUCAGUAUCCAGAGACCCCUAAUGAGGCAGAAUCUUCUGCAACCCAGCAGGAGAUCCCAGCUCUGUCUCCAGCGGAGAUAGAAACUUCUGCAGCCCUGCAGGAGCAACCAGCUCAGCCUCCAGAGCCUUCUUCUGGGGAGGUGGAACCUUCUCUGACUCAACAGGAACAGCCAGCUCAACCUCCAGAGCAUCAUGAAAUGACAGGUUCACCUCCAAGUCACCCUCAUGCUCAACAUUCAGACUUAUCCAGUGUCACUGUCAAACAUGCAGAUGUGGAGCUUACCAUAACGAAAGAGCCCACUCCAGAGGUGGGACCUUCUCCAAAUCAGCACAAACCUUCAGCUCAGCCCUCAGUGCCCCUUACUAAUGCAGAAUUUUCUACAAUGCAACAUGAGGCCCCCACACUGCCUUCACAGCCACCUGAGGAGGUUGAACUUUUGCCAGUUCAGCAGGAGGCUCCAGCUGAACUCGCUCCUGACGUACCUUCUCCACCUCAGCAGGAAGCCACAGCUCAGCAUCCAGAGUCUCAUGGUGAGGUGGAAUCCUCUCCAACUCAGUCUCCAGAGCUCUCUAAUGUGACUGUGGUUUUCUCUCCAGAGCAUCCUGUGACAACAGUUUCUCCUCUAGGUCAGGAUCAAGCUCAGCUUCUGCAGUGGCCCGAUGUCACUGUUAAACCUGUGGAUCUUGCACUUACCGUAACUCCAGCGUUCACUAAUGAGGUUGAAACUUCUCCACCCCAACAAGAAACCUCGGCUCAGUCUACAGUGUCCCCUGAGCAGUUGGAACCUUUGUCAGUCCAGCAAGAAUUUUCAGAUCAGCAUCCAACCCCCUCUGAGAAUGUUGAACCUUCUCCAGUUCAGCAGGAAGCCCCAACUCAACCUGAAGAGCUUCCUGAGGAAACUGACCCUUCUGCAAUCCAGCAGGAGAGCUCAGCUCAGCAUCCAAAGCCCACUGAGUGGGUUGGACCUUCUCCAGUCCAGCAUCAGCACCCAACUCAGCCUCUAGGGGCCUCUACAGAUGGUGCAGCUCAACGUUUAGUACAUAAUGAAGUGACAUUCUCACCUCUAGGUCCAGGUGAAGUUGAACACCCAGUGUUGCUUAAUAUCAGAGUUAAACCCGUGGUACCUGUGGUUGUCUUAACUCUAGAGCCCAGUAAGAGGGAGGUGGUACCUUCUCCCACAGAGCAGGAGCUUCAGGAUCAUUCAUCAGAACUCUCUGCAAAGGUGGAACCAUUUCCAGUCCCUCAAGGGACCCUUCCUCACCUUCUACAGCCCCCUGUGAACAUGGAAUCUUCUCCAGUCCAACAGGCGUUCCCACGCCUACCUCUGGAACCCCUUAAAGAGACAGAACCUUCUCCAGCUGAGCAGGAGACCCCAUCUCAGCCUCCAGCACCACCUAAGGAGGUUGUAGCACAAACUCCAGUGCAUUAUGAGAUGGCAGUUCCAACACUAGGACAGGAUCAAGCUCAGCAUUUAAACUUGCCCAGAGUCACAGUUAAUCCUUUGAACCAGGGUCUUCCCACAACUCCAGAACCUACAAUGGAGGCUGAAUAUUCUGCAGCCCUGCAGCAGACUGCAGUUCCUCCAACAUAGCCCGAGGUGACAUUUCCAAAUGCAGAGCAAGUUCAGGCUCAGCAUCCAACCUUGACAGAGGUCACAGUUCAACCUUUGGACCUUGAACUGACCAUAAGGCCACAACCCACUAAGGAGGAUGAACCUUCUCCAACCAUGCAGGAUAACUUAACACAGCCUCCAGAACCACCUAAGGAGGUUUUUGUAGCUCAGCUUCCAGUAUAUCAGAACCCAGUAGUUCCAACACCAGAUCAGGAUCACACUGAGCGUCCAGCAUCACCCAGUGUCACAGUUCAACCUUUAGACCAGGGGCUUACCACAACUCCAGAACCUACUAUGGAGGCUGAACAUUCCACACCCCUGCAGGAGACUGUAGUUCCUCCAACAUACCACGAGGUGACACUUCCAAAUCCAGAGCAAGUUCAGGCUCAGCAUCCAACCUUAACUGAGGUCACAGUUCAACCUUUGGACCUGGAACUUAUGUUAACUCUGGAAUCCACUUUGGAGGUUGAUCCUUCUCCAACCAUGCAGCAGACCCAAGCUCAGCCUCCAGAGCUCAUUAGGGUUGUAGCUCAGUCUCCGCUGUACUCCAAAGUGACAGUUCCAGCCCCCGAUCAGGAUCAUGCUGAGCAUCCAGUAUCACCCAGUAUCACAGUUAAACCUUUGGACCUGGAACUUACCACAACUCCAGAACCUACUACAGAGUCUGAACAUUCUGCAGCCCAGCAGCAGACUACAGCUCCCCCUCCAAAACACCCUGAGAUGACACUUGCACAGCCAAACCUGACUCAACUCACAAAUCAACCUAUGGAUGUGGAAAUUAACAUUACUGCAGGAUCCAAUAUGGAGACUGUACCUUCUCCAAUCAUGCAGCACAUCCCAACUCAGUCUCCAGAGGCACCUCAGUACAUUGUACGUAAAUCUCCAUUCCAGCAGGAGGUGACAGUUCCAAAUCCAAGUAAGGAUCAAGGUCAGCAUUCAACAUCAUCCAGCAUCAGAGUUCAUGAUGUGGACCUAGAGCAAACCACCACUCCAGAAUCCACUAUGGAGGCUGGACAUUGUACAUCCCUCCAGCAGACUACAGCUUCCCCUCCAAAACACCCUGAGGUGACACUUGCACAACCAAACCUGACUCAAGUCACAGUUCUACCUGUGGGCCUGGGAGUUAGCAUAUCUCAGCAACCAAGGGCAUCUGAGACGGUUCUUUUUCCUUCGACUCAGUAUUCAGUAUCCACAGGCCUUCCUGGUGUAAAAUAUACCCCAGAAAAGAAGCAGCCGGAACAGAAUGCCACCACAAACUUCAGCAUAUGUGAGCUCUGUACCUGCACAAAUGAGACGCUGUCGUGUGUUGGUCUCAGCCCAAGGCAGAAGCUCCACGGAGUGCCUGAGCCAGAGCCUAACGCCUACAAUGGCACCUUCACCAUCAUAGAUUUUUCCUGCAAUAAAAUACCAUCUGUCGAAAAAAUUACAUUAGAACCACUACCUUUUUUGCAGUUUAUAAAUCUUGGUUGCAAUUUACUCACAGAACUGAGCUUUGGAACGUUUCAGGCCUGGCAUGGAAUGAAAUUUUUCCACAAGUAAAUUCUCAAUCGUAAUCCUUUGACAACAGGUGAAGAUUCUUAUCUUUUUAAAUUGCCAGCAUUAAAAUAUUUAGACAUGGGAACAACACAAGUCACAGCAAUUGAAAGCAUCGUCAUGAUGACCCUUGAAUUGGAAAAACUGAUCUUACCUAGCCGUAUGGCCUGCUGCCUCUGCCAAUUUAAAAAUAUUAUUGAGGUUGUCUGUAAGACAGUCAAGCUGCAUUGUGACAGCGAAUGCCUGACAGACAUCACACGUUGUGGUGAGUCUCAAUUGCAGAAUAAUAAAUUUUUAAUUUAA